AUGUCUCUGAUUCGCCUUUUCAGGCGGGACCCCAGUUCCACCCCGCUGCCGUACACCGCGUCUCCAUUACUGCUAUUCUUUCGCGAUAUCUUGCUCGUUCUACGGUAUUCGUGGGCCUUGCCUGGAAUUCUACUGCCUCUUAGGCUUGGACACACCACUCCUUUGGAUGAAUUAUACCUUUCAUUUGGAAGUUUGGUCUCCUUCUUGUUACAGAUUUUGCUGACCAUCGCCCAAAUUGCUUUCCUGGUCUCAAUUCCAUUAAUGAUCAUCUUCCAAAUACCUGCAUUCUGGAUAUUCGUCUAUAUUGCUAUCGCUGUGGGGCUAAAUUAUGCGGUAUGCAUGCUCGCCUUGAACGGAUUUGAGAGAAUCUUGGUUUCCAAUGUUCCGGGAACCACCCAACAAAGCCAUGGAAGAGAGUGUUGGUUCUUUAUUAAUGGCGUUGCGAACAGUAAACACUGGCUCCAGAACAAUAUCGAUCAACUAGCCUAUACCUUCGGCCGCAAGAUCACAGGCAUUCAUAACUGCACCGCCGGCUUAGUUUUCGAUUUGAUCGAGUGUUUGAUCCAGCGUUGCUUUUCCUACGCCACGGGCGACAUACGAAGUGCCUAUCACUUACUGAAAAGAGAGUUACUGAACCCAAACUGCGACAAAGUCGUCAUUAUCCUCCACAGUCAGGGUGGAAUAGAAGGGGGUUUGGUAAUAGAUUGGCUGCUGGACGAAUUACCGCAAGACCUACUCCAUAAACUAGAGGUAUACACAUUCGGCAAUGCUGCAAACCACUUCAACAACCCCCGCCAAUCCUCCACCUGUCAGCCUAUCGUCCGGUCAAUCGGGCACAUCGAACACUAUGCAAACUCACAAGACCCAGUCUCUCACCUUGGAGUACUUGAUUUCACCAAUGUCCCGAAUCGAUAUAUAGGUCGGCUAUUUAUUCGCCCUGGGUCGGGCCACAUGAUGAAUCAACACUAUCUUGAUACUAUGUUCACCCUCGGACCGGAUCACAGAGUCCUCGAGUCGAAUGCAUUCAUGGAUAUGGAGGUUGACAUGAAAUGGAGCGAAUCGGAUAGGCUGUUAAACGGGCGAGAUGAAAGCCGAGAAAUGACUCUGCUGCCAAUGCCAAACAUCGAGAUUGCCAAUCCGCAGGCAGGGAGUCUGCUGUCGAAUGGUUCUCAAGUGUGGCACGUUAAAGACUUCAGUCGCCUCUGGCAGUAUCGCAAUGGUGGUACUCCAGGUAGGGCCCCAGGAAUAUGA